AUUAAUUUCCUCAUGGGUUGCCUUUUAGGAGCAAACGGAAACUAUAUUUUCACUGUUAUCUGCUUCCAGCGUUCACUUUGUCGACCUUUGGUCUAUAUUUUUCCAAGGACCUCCCCUUGCCUAAUGAAAAUAUUGGUACAGUCCAGGCUACUCCCCUUCACUGAUUGGAAGGGGAGUCUUGCAGCACUUCUUUCAUUGGCUACAUCUUUUCUUACUUCCACCAGUCACUCUCACGUCUCGGUAGCCGCCAACCUCUCCUUAGCAACCGGCCAAACACCCUGUCCAUGCUCUUUCGGUGAAGUUAGGACCGAGGUCCGCCCUGGCCUGAUUUCAUAGGCUUAGACUCCUGUCAGUCAUUUCCUUCUAUUCUCCAAAUUGGGGCCCAACCUUGCCUCGGGUCCGCCCCCUCUGCUAUUCAAUUGGCUGUGACGCAAACCAAUCAUAGAUGGAUUAAUGGGCCGGAGACGGGUCCCGGCGCUUGAGUGAGGGUUAACCCGACCACAACUCCAGUUCUGGGCAGAGUCCGCAAAUCCUGUCUACACUCCCUGAGCCCCCAUGCUGGGCAGGCACCAUACCUGCAACUGCUCUCCUUGUCGUAGAAGGGAUCCUAAUUCCUGAAAACCUCCUCGCGUAUUUCCUAUUUUAACCUCUAACCUGGGGCAGGAAUACAAGCUGGGUCCCAAGCCCUUGGUGCAGACCCCCAUUCCAGAACACUCUUAACCGUAGAGGGGGGAGACUUGAGCCUAGAAAUACCCCCAGAUUCAUUUGAACACUCUAGCCCGUGUAAUAAGCUUGUUCUCAGACGGGGACGCUAGCUCCACACAGCCAGCUGUGUCCCCCAUUUUCUCAAGUGAGCUUCAUCCCAGAGACAGGUGCCCAACUCAGAGAUACCCCUAUUUCUAGUCGGGGCUAGAUAUGCCCUCUAGACCUGGGUAGGGACCCAAAUUCGGCGGUGUCAGGUGAGAAUACAGCCCCAAACGGAAUUUUUCCUUUCCCAGAGAUUAUUCCUGGUGCCAGACAGGGAUUCUAGCCCUGGAAAGCUAAUGCCAAUGAGCCACCAGUCCCAAGCAGGAACCCCAGUCCGGAAAGUCAGCUACAGCCCCAGUCCCAGAGGAUGGUCCCAUCCCUGGGGAACCCCUGACAGCAAAAAGCCACCUCCAGGCUCCCUGGAUUAUAAAGACACGCGGGGUGGGGGUGGGGGCCUCCCCACUGUCCCGCCCCGUCCGGGUUGUGCCCCCUUCGCCCCGCCCUCGGCCCCGCCCCCACUGCGGACGCCUGAGGGCCUGACCGCUCUUCCCGGCAUGCAUUGUUCCAGACCAGGCAAGUCGGGCGCCAAGCGCGGGGCCGGAGCGGCCUUCCCGGAGUCCUUUGCGCGGCACCUGGCGACAAAAUGGCUGCCCGAGGGAGACGGGCGGAGCCUCCGGGCCGGGAGGCGCCGGGCCCCGCGGGCGGUGGCGGCGGCGGGAGCCGAUGGGCUGAGUCUGGGCCGGGGACGUCGCCCGAGAGCGGGGACGAGGAGGUGUCGGGCGCGGGUUCGAGCCCGGUCUCGGGCGGUGUGAACUUGUUCGCUAACGAUGGCAGCUUCCUGGAGCUUUUCAAGCGGAAGAUGGAGGAGGAGCAGCGGCAGCGGCAGGAAGAGCCGCCCCCGGGCCCGCAGCGACCGGACCAGUCGGCCUCCGCCGCCGCGGGCCCAGGGGAUCCGAAGAGGAAGGGCGGUGGGCAAACGCAGAGGCGGGAACAAACUAGCCCUCAAGACGGGAAUAGUAGCCAAGAAGCAGAAGACGGAGGAUGA